AUGAUGUUACAUCCUGAAGAGACAGUCCAUUUUGAAUUGGACGAAGAUAUGGAGAUGGAAGUUGAUUAUCCAGAGAGAUCAAAAUAUGGAUGGGCGUAUAAUCGUAUACCUCUAACUAGAAAACAAUGGAUAUAUCUACUUUUAAUUCAAGGUAUUGGUAGUGCCUUUGUCAAUUUCUUUAUCAACCUCUUUAUCACCUAUAUUAUAUUUGACAAGACUGAAGACGCAGAGAUUCAAUUCACAGGGUCACUCACUUGUAUCUUUUCAGAUAUUAUGAUGACUUGUUUCCUAUUGCCAUUUAUCACCAACUUGUUAUCGUCAAUCAUGGUCACGUUCGAUCUACGAAAAGGAAAGUGGAUUCAACCCAUUGACGAAAGAUGGUUAAGUCAUCCUGUCCUUAGAUGGAUUCCAACUGGUAUCAAUUGGAAAUUAGUAUUAAAGAGAUCAAUUAUAUUUGGAAUAUUUGGCGUUUUAAUUAUUUCACCACCAACUUUAUUGGUUGUUUAUUUGGCAUUGAAACCAUACAAUGACAGAAUGCAAAUUAAAUGGACAUUUUAUUUAUUCAAGGGUUUCUGGACUGCCCUCAUGGCAUUGUUUGUUUCUCCAUUUAUAGCUUUUAUCCUAGUUGCUUCACAUAAUCCUCGUAAUACAUUUUUCUCAAAUUCUUCUUCUUCUAAACAUUAA